CAGCAGCUGCACAGAAGUAAGUGCUGUGUUGGUGUUUAUGUACAGAAAUCUGCGAAUUACGCAUUUUCCCCGUGGUACAACACCAGAGAAUGCACUGCACAUGUCAAUGCUGAAUGAUCGUUCAGUGUAACGCAACAGCAGCUGUGGAAGAAACAUGGCCUCAAGUUCUUUUGGCAGAAGACUGGUGGCAUGUCUUCUCAAUGUUUCCGAGGCUCGCAGAAAAGACCUGGUGGAGACUGUGGCCAAGGCAGCCUUAUACAACACCGAAGGUGCUAGACGCAAGGGGACCACAGUGCUGAACAUCUUCAAUGACCAUGACUACAACCGGUCUGUUAUCACCAUUGUGGCCAGUAUCGACUCUAUCAGGGAGGCAGUUCUGUCUGCAUGUGAGAAAGCCUGUGGGCUGAUCGACAUGAGCACUCACACUGGGGUCCACCCAUGUAUGGGUGCCGUCGACCUUAUACCCAUCUACCCCCUGGGGGAAGAAGUGGGAGUGGAGGACUGCGCUAAAGAGGCGCAGGCUGUGGCUCAGGGACUCACAGAGCGGGUCCAGGGCACCAGUGCCUUCCUGUUUGGCUGGGCAGACUCGCCCCUUCAGCGGGGGCUGGCACAGAGGAGGAAGGAGAUGGGCUGGUUCAAGGAGACGCCAGACUUGCAGGCAAUCAGGCCUGACAUGGGACCGCAGCCACAGAAACGGUUUGGUCUCACAGGGGUUGGGGCUAGUCCAUACGUCAUGAACUGCAAUGUCACUAUCGACACCCAGGACAUAGCCAUGGGACGAAGCAUCGCCAGAGCCAUCAGGGAGUCAACCCCAGGGGGCCUGCCCGGGGUGCAGGUACUGGCUUUGCCACAUGAGGGCACUGUGGAAAUCGCCUGUAAUGUGGAAAGCGUGAAGGGGAGCCCACCUGGUCACCUGUCUACCAGUGAACCAUGGCCGUGUUUCAGCAUCAGUGGCCAGGCGUAUUGUCACGCUCCAGCUUCCCUCAUCACAGCGAGGGUUGCAGAGUUGGCAGGGAGGCAGGGGGUCAGCACCAAGAGCACCGCGCUGGUGGGGUUUACCCCCCAUGAAUGCAGGGGCCUGGCAGAGUUAGCACUGUCUCAAGGGAUUGCUGAGUUCUGGAGAGAGCAGAACAGGAUCCGUAUGUGAAUAUAAAUUUUUGCCUAAACCAGUGAAACCUCACUCAAAAGUGCCUCAUCUUUGUUUGAUGUCAGUUCCAUGUGCAUUCUGUAUUUGUUAAGCUCUACCCGACUCUGUUGCCAUUGAUUACCUUGUCAGACUUUCCACUGCAGAUUUACCAUUCAGAAUUCAUAGGUCAUUUUGACUCAAUAGGUCUUUAAUUUCACACAGAAGAAAACAAGAGCAGGUUUUUUACUUUUAGCGAACUGCUGCUAGCUGAUUUAAUCAGCUGUAGGCAAGAAUUAGCUAAUAGUGUGCUGCAUGGAGGACAUUUAUUUGUAGGCCAGCGAAGUCACCAGGGUUUGAUACUUACACAUUUUUUUAUCAGCAUAAUUUUCACAAAUGAACACCACUUUCAUGAAUUUUGAAGAGUAAAUGCAGCUGCCACAAAUAAAUAGUUAAAGUUAGGCUAUAAAUGAAGUACACCAUGGCCGCAUUGAUUGAGCAUCUCCAAUACAACAAGACUAAAGCUCUGUUAAGCGUGAUGACAUUUUGUAGUCUCAUGAAGCAACUUGUUAGCAACUGUCUUUUUUAGGACACAUAAAGGCUUCAAAAUUAACAAGUGGGUUGUUCACUGACCUACAGUAUGUAUGUCAUAGAACAAAACGUAAAGGUCUCUUAAGCUUGUGUUAACCACAAAUCCUACUUCACGCAUUUAACCCAAACCCUAUUAAAAAAACAGGCGAGGGAACCAAGAGUGCUAAUGCUAGCUCAUUUCCGGGCUUUAGGGCUCAUUCCUGGACCACUGUUAGCUGACAAUAACUGUUGUGUUGGCUGACAGCUCUGUCUUCAGCUAACCUGUUUUUAAAUGCUUGUAAAAGAAUCUUAGAUAUACACAUAAUGGCAAUACAUGUUAAAAGACUGACGCUAACGCUAUAUGUCUCAUGCAAAAUGGGGUCCAUGUCAUUGUUCCGACAUCCUGUUGUUCCAAUAUGUGAUUAUGCUAGGCUAUACUGUAUUUGUGUACCAUAGAGGAUCAGCAAACGCAACAAAAGUAGGCUACUGGUCGAGAUACAAGUGUCAUAGAGAGGAGAGACUGAAACACCAUAACCUCCUGUUAUUAACUCUGGGGUCAGGGUUGUGAGGGGAGCUCUCCGCGGUGCUGAAUGGCUCCCGGCGGGCGUAUUUCUGCCUUGAUGGUGCGCCGCAACCGGCUCUGGGUCAGCUGGGAAAGGCUUGAGGCGAAGCAGGCUCACAGCUUAUGUGUUUGCCACUUUCUUUUUCAUUUUAACCCACACCAUGAUCUUUUCUUGACCCUAACCAAGUGGUUUUUGUGCCUAAACCUAACCAGACCUUAACCACAGGGCAUCAUGAUGAUUUCGGAACAAUGGGUUUAAUAUGGUCGGAACAAUGGGAUGUUGGACCAAUGGGAUGUUGGACCAAUGGGUUGUUGGACCAAUGGGCAGUUCCUGCAAAAAUGUUGCAUCCUCUCUAGUUAAUGAGCCAGGUAGAAGACUUGGAAACAAGGGACAGUAUUCCUGUAUUCCAAGGCAGAGCCAGCAGCUGUAGUAUUGUAGUUGGGUAUAAAUAAAAAUGUAACAUAGCCCUGUUUGGGUACUUUACCAGCCUGUAGAAAAGCAUGCUUAGUCAGCCACCCACAGGUUAGAUUCAUGCUUUUUAUUGUGUUUAUGUUCAAGCAGUAUGUUUAAAGACAAACCAGUGUGUUGGAAAAUGUUACACUAUCUUGGAGAAGUAUGGCUGGGACUGGUAGAGUGUAAACUUAGCUUUUAAUAAAGACCAGGAUAGAGCUGCUAAUGUUAGCCUAAACUCUCAUAUAACAGCAUCUUGGCUCCCACACAGUCAAUCAAAAAGUUUUAGUGUAAUGCUCAUUUGAUUGUUAACAGCAUUGCACCAAAAGGAAUAGUGUAGACUUUUUGAAGUGGGGUUUCAUGGGGUACUUAUCCACAGUCAGUGUAUUACACACAUUAGAUGUCAGUCUGCACAUCCGCAGUUUGGUGAAGCAGGCUGGAGUCUAAUACAGAAGCUAAGCAAUGAACUGCUGUGGAGGGGGGUCAAAACGCAUUAUAGCCACCUUAAAAAAGUCCCACCUAAAGAAAUCGAUAUCAGUUUACUUGCACCUAUAUUGAGAGUAUUUUCACCAUUUGACUUUUCUGUCAGACAGCCCUUUCCAAUGCAGAAGCUGUUAACAGCUUCAGUUGUGUGACUUUGGUGAAUCUAAACUAACCACUUUAAACACCAAAGUCUCACAAUAACACAAACAAAAUCACUGAUCGAGGCAGUGGUAGAACAGGAACUCCUGUGUUCAGCUGUGUUAAAUUACGAUUUUUCUCAAUUGAGUCUGACUUUGAAGAGAGCAAUAGAACUGCAUAAUUUUCCUGCUGGAAAUCACUGUCUGACAUAAAGUUGAAACAGUGAAAAUAUCUCAAUAUAUUGUAUGCUUUAACUGAUAGUGUUUUUUUUUUUUUUUAGGUUUGUUGUUGACCCCUCCACCACAGUACAUUGUUUAGCUUCUGUGUCACACUCCAACCCGCUUCUCCAAACUGGAGGCGUGUUGAAUGACAUCUGCUGUAUGUAAUAUGCUGUCCUUGGAAAAGUACCUCAUACAAGCCUCCUUAAAAAAAUCUGAACUAUCCCUUUAAAAUUAAGCUUAACUGGAACCUUUGACCUGUUUACUUGUUCAUUGCAUUUCACUAAAUUUACACAUGGAUUCAUAUUUCCUAACGUAGAUCUUAAUAUCACUAGCAUUGAUUAAGAUCACUAACAACUGCAUUUAUAGCCAUUUCAGUCUGUUUUUUAUGCACAAUUGUGUGUGAUAAUCUUUC